GUCAACAAUUGGUAUCAGAGCAAGGGCUCCAAUUUGAAGGUUUAACCACCUAGGAGUUGAUCAAGGAUGGCUCAAUUUCAAGCUUCUCAACUACUUGAAGGUUUGUCUACCACUAAGCCUCCUUUCUUUGAUGGCACUAAUUAUAAUUAUUGGAAGAAUAUGAUGAAGGUUUUCAUGCUUGCAAAUGUGCCCAAGGCAUGGAUUGUGACUAUGAAAGGUCCAUAUGUGCCUAUGAAAGUAGUUAGGGAAAGUGAGGUGCCAAAGAAAGAAGUUGAAUGGAAUGAUGAAGACUUGGUGAAGAUCAUGAUCAACAACAAAACAAUUAGCAUGCUUCAAUGUGCUCUCAAUGCAAUGAAAUACAAUAGAGUUGCCGGGUGUGAUAUGGCUAAAGAGAUGUGGGAUAUGUUAAAGGCUCUUGGUAAAGUUUAUCCUUCUCAAGAAAUGGUGAGGAAGGUUCUUAGAAGCUUGCCUAAGAAUUGGGAAGCCAAGAAGAUCGCAAUUGAAGAGUCUAAGGAUCUCAACACUCUCAAACUUGAAGAUCUCAUUGGAAAAUUGAUGACAUAUGAGAUAGAAGUUCAAGUUGACGGUGGAGUUGAAGUACUUGAGAAGAAGAAGAAGGAUGUUGCAUUCAAGGCUAGCAAACAAAAAGAAGAAAGUGAAGAUGAUGCUAGCAAUGAGGAGGACAUCAAUAAAUUGGUUUCAAAGGAAGUGAAGAAAUACAUGAAGAAAAGCCUCAAAGGGACAUCCUCUAGAGGAAACAAGGAAAUGCACCAUUCUAGAAGAAGAAUAGGUAGUGAUUAUGAUGAUAAAGGAAAGCCAAGCAAGAAGCAUAUCAAAUGUUAUGAGUGCAACAAGAUGGGGAAUUAUAGAAAUGAAUGCUCUCAAUUGAAGAAGGGUGAAAGGAAAAACAAGAAGAGCAUGAAGAAGAAAGCUUUUACCGCCACUUGGAGCAAUGAUGAGACUAGCUCAACAGAAAGUGAAAGCUCCUUGGAAAAUGGUAUUGCAAAUCUUUGCUUCAUGGCUCAAGAGGAUAGCAACAAUGAUGAGGAGGUAAACUCUAACUUCUCUAGUUCAAUUAAUGAAAGUUUCUUUGAGUAUUCUUAUGAUGAUUUAUGCAAAGUUCUUGAUUGCUCUAUGAAUGAUAUCAAGAAACUAGGAAAUGAGAAUCUUGCUCUUACUAAAACCAUUUCAUUGCUUAAAAAUGAGAUUGUAUCUCUUUCAAAACAAAAUGAAGCUUUAGUUAAAGAAAAUGACUCUUUAAAUGGUGAAAUUACAUCUCUAAAGAAUGAGGAGUCUAAUAAUGCUUUGAAAAAUGAAAAUGAGGAGGCAAAGAAGGAAAAUGAGGGACACUUUGCCUAUGUAUGUCCUUUGAAGAGAUUGAUAGCUCAAGGUAAAGUGAAGCACAUUUGGGUUCCAAAAGGAACUUUAAGCACUAACCCCCAUGGACCCAAGCAAAUUUGGAUACCAAAAAUCAAAACUUAAUUUUGUUUUGUAACUAAAGUUGAUGGCAAAGUCAUAAGAAUAGUAAAGUUGAUCUUGAUAA